AUGUUGAAGUUUAUGAUUAUAAUUUCUUUAAUUACAUCAAUGGUAAUUUGCGCCUCAUUGGGAGAUAAUCCAGAGAUUGUUCGAUAUGAAUACGAAAAUUUGCCUGAUAACGGUUAUCGAUAUUUGUAUGAAACAAGUGACGGUCAAUACAAGGAAGAAAAUGGUUCAUUAAAAACUGUCGGAGAUCAACAAAUUUUGGUAGUUACUGGUCGUUAUUCUUAUACUGGUGAUGACAAUGAAUUGUAUGAAGUAACAUACACAGCUGACGAAAAUGGUUUUCAACCAUCAGGGAGUCAUUUACCAGGAGCAGAAGCAGAAGGUCUCGACUUUAAACCUCAGGCACAAGUACUUGAACGUGUAAAAUCUGAUCGCAUGAUUGCAUCAGCAAGCAUUGAUGAAGAUAGACGAAGACGAACAAUAAUUGUUGAGAAAAAGAACGGAAGUUACGGAUUUACGCUUCAAAGUUAUGGAAUCCAUUAUAAAAAGGAGCAUGAAGUGGAAAUGUUGACAUAUGUUGAUUCUGUCGAAUACGAUGGUGCAGCUUACAAAGCAGGGAUGAGAGAAGGCGAUGUGAUAUUAUCAAUAAAUGGAACCGAUAUGGAGAAUACAGAUCAUAAGACUUUAGUCAAUUUUAUUAAGAGUUGUGAUAGCAGAAUGAGAAUGGUCGUUCUUUUUGAAAAUUGCGUACGUAAAGUUGAGCUUCACAUUCGUUACAUUCAACUUCAAGAAAUUCUCCAAAAUAAGAUGAAUGAACUUGAGAGAAUUUGUAUAAAAGAGAAAGAGUUAUUAGAGGGUAAAUGGAAGACUCACAGUUUACCAGCAAGGAAAAAAGUAUCGACUGAAGCAUCUGUGGAGUCACAAACGUCGCCUUCUGAAUUAGAAGGAACUGCUUUACCAUUCAACAGACCGCUUUCAACAGAAGAUGUUGCAAAGCUUUCGAAACAAACAAAUCCCAUUAUUCCACCACCAGCUCAAUUCAUUUUAGCUUAUCAGUACAUGGAUCCACAUCAAAAAUAUAUCAUCCGGUCAUCAACAUUAAACAGCAGCGGGGAAUAUUUAGUGUCAGAUGUAUCGACGUCAUCAUUACCACCUCAUUCUCAUAACAGUAAUUCUUCAGUAUCGAAAACUGAUAAUAAUUCCCAUUCGAGUUUAACGAUGCAACAGAGUCCAUCACAGCGUGUGCAAGUCGUGCAUCAUCAUCACCAUCAUGCGCCUGAAGGGUCAUCAAACGAUGUUGUCACGUCUCAUCAGCAUUUAAAUGAACAACAGAGUCAAAAGAUAUCAAAAACACGUCGACAUUAUCAUGGACGAUCAUGUAAUCCUUGUGUUGGAAAUUUGAUUUCAAAACAUGAUAAAAAUGUUGAUAAAGACAACACAAGUCUUGAUGCCUACGAUUUAGCAAGUCCGUGUUGUGAUCCACAUUGUGUGCCAGUUAAAAGACGUUCAAGACAUCACAAAGAUCAUCAUCAUAAACAUAAACAUCGUGAAAAAGACAAGGAACGUCCACCUAGACCAAGAUCUCAAUCUCAUGCAACACCACAAAUGCAAACAGCUCACAUUCAUUAUGCUGAUGGCAGUUUAAAUCAAGAUUAUCAUGCCAAUAAUCAUUUUGACCUUAGUAAACAGCUUGCAAACUAUUGUGGUUUACGCUCAUGUAAUUCUAAUAAUUAUUGCCAACAAACAUCACAUGUCUCGACAGCAUCUUAUCCAUCGUCAUCUUCUUUCAGUACUGAUACAUUAUGGGAUCCAAAGAGUGAACCAAAUACUUGUCAGAACUAUAAACAACAAAUGGGAACUUCACCAUUUUAUCAGCCAACUGGUUCAACUAAUCAUCACUAUGUUCAGCAUUAUAUUCAUCCAAGUCAAGUGCAGCCUAUGCAAAACUCUAUUGCAACAACUCAGGCUUAUAUUAAACCACAUUAUAAUUCAAAGCCUAAAUCGUGGGAUAAUUUAGCGCCUGGUAAAGAUUGCAGUAAUUAUGUGUUUGGUCGUAAUGCGGUUGAUAAUAAUCCUUCAAAUAUUCGUUAUGUUGCAUCUGAUAAGAAUAUUUCCAAAGGCUGUGCACCACCAUUGCCUAGGAAAGCUGGUCAUGCACCUUAUGGAAGAUAUUCAGCAUUUGCCAAUGUCGAAAAUUAUGUGCCAGCACCACAGCAAUAUGUGCAAGAAGCAACAAUUACAAAGACAACAAUCAUCACUACAAGAUCUACUGAAAAUCUCAUGAACAACGCACAGCACAAUAUAUCUGAUGAAUGUAUCCCUCAACAACCAUCAACGAAACAACCUAAAUCGGCUGGUCAUACAAACUGCAUGGUUUGCAACUUUUCUAAUCAUAGUUCUAAUGCUUACGAAGGAUAUUAUUCUAAUCUUACCAGAAAUAAUAGUCAUGGCAUGAUUCCUACGAAAACUGAAGUCACGCGUUUGUGAGUCUACACAGACUUCCUUUAAAUCAUGAUAAGUGAAUAUGAGCGACAGUAAAAAUUAUCAUAUUUGAUUAGUAAUGAUUAUCAGUCAGUUCUCAUGUUUUUAGAUAUAAUCUGAUUAAGUGUAUUAAGCUUUAAAACUGCUGCCAAAAAAUUUCAAUUUUAAUUGAUUUAACAUAACAUUCAUUCAUUUAAAGUUGAUUCUUUAUUAAGUUGCUUCCAAUGUUUCAAAUUGAUGACAUUAUGGGGACAAUACAAUAGAUAAUUUUUGAGGGAAAGGCUAAUGGAUUAAAUAUAUCUGAAAUUUGAUGUAAAACUAAACUAUCUACUUAAACAUUUACUUAUUUUAUUUAGAUAAAAAAAUGAUAAAAAUUUGUGAUGAUGUUUUCUUUCUCUAGAUUCAAAGUGAAAUUGAAUGAAAUGAUUUAUGUUUUGUAGAUAAUACUGGCCGCUAUUAAAAGAGCGUUUUAUCGAGAAACUCAUUCGAUACUUAAAUAUAAACAAUUGCUUGUAUUUCUUCUACAUUGUAGACGAAUACCUGUUAAAGGUGAUUUGUAAUCAAUCAUUAGAAAUGCUUUCAUAUUUCUAUGAAUGUAAUUUGAUGCGGUUUACAAAUCGAAUAUUUGAUAGAUAAAUAGUCAUCGAAUAAUAAAAUACUUAGAAUAAAUUCAUACGAAAUAAUUUACUUUGGAUUUCUAAUUAUAUAAGUUAAUAACAGGAAGGAAUAUGUUGUUGUUGACAAUGACGCACAAGAUAUACAUUUCGAUAAAAUGUUGUCUCGCAUUGUCCACAUUUAAAUGGAGGAAGAAAUGAGAUUCUUCUGUGAUUUGUCUUCUGAUGAAAUAAUAGUUCAGCAUUACAUGAAAAUUUCACUUGACAAAAGUUACAUUGGAAGCGUUCAGCUGUAAGAAAAAGUGGACGAAAAUCUGAAGUUUUUAAUGCUGACUUCCAGUUGCUUCCAAUUGAAUUGUCAAAUUCAUCACAUUGGUUGUCACUGUCAUCGAGACAAGUUAUCGGUGUGCUUGUGAUCAUUUGAUUUGCUGAUCUGUUUGAUAAUUUACAAGCCUUUGUUCGUAAUUUCUUCUUAAUUUUGCUAUUGAUUGGCGAAGGGCUAUUUUUUGAUGUACAGAACAGCCAGGAUUUCUUCUUUUUAGGUGGAGUUUCUAAAACAAAAUUAGACUCUUUCUUGCUACUCUCUUGACUAUUUUGUGGUGAAGCUUUAAGAGGAGGCAAAUCAAAUCGCAAUUUUCUCCGUGCUGAUGAUGAACGCUUUAAAGAGUUGAUUGUUCGAUGAAGGGCUGCAGACUGAGGAGAUGAAAUCACAAUUUUUCCCGAAUAUGGUGUUCGCUUUAAGAUGCUUCUUGGUUGUGACACUGGAGUUGAAUUAACACUACCCAAAUCACGUUUGAACUUUUUAAUGCUAUCACAAGUAUCUAAAUUAUCAAAUAAAAUACUUAGACAUGGAGAGCAGUCUAGGAAUUUUACACUUGGUUCGUUCUGAUUUUCCUUGUCUUUUUUAUAUUUCUCAAAAUUAUUUGCCGAGUUGAGCCAAGCAUCUAAUAAAUCCUUGCCAUGUGAAAAAUGAAUGUGCUUCGGAAUUAGAUUAGAAUAAUAGAACAUUGCCCGACAGUAUGGGCAGUGGAAUUGCUCAACGGGCCAUGAAUCAAGUUGUUCAAUCUCCGAGCCAUGUCUUCGUUCUAAAUGUUCUCUCAUAGUGAAAUCGAACAAAUAUUCCUCAGAACAGAAAGGACAAGUAAGAAGAUCUUUUGCAAAUUUUUUGAUGAAAUCAUUAUUUUCCUUUUCUUUUUUGACGUCCUUAUUCUCUAAAGAUAACUUAACGCUUUCCUUUUGUUGAUUUUCCAUUACUAAAGUUUCAUUUAUAUUUUCCUGAAAAAGAGAAUAAUUACUAUUUAAUUAUUACUUAUUUUCCCUUUACACAUCAUACAAACG